AUGUCCGAGCAAAAUUGGGAAAAGAUCGCCAAAGCGAAGCAAGCGGCGCUCGCGGAAUUAAUUCCAGCCGAGUAUCGCAUCCCCAAGGACCUCGUACCACCAGAAUCACAACUCGAUGUCACGCCUUGGCCCAAGCAAUCUGGCUGGUUUUCGGAAAAAGAGCUGGAAAUCACCGGUAGCACUGCAUCGGUUAUUUUGCAGAAAAUCGCGUCUAAGACAUGGAGCUCGGAAGCCGUUACGAAGGCUUUCUGCAAGCGCGCAGCAGCAGCUCAUCAACUGACCAACUGUCUGAGCGAUGCAUUCUUCGAGGAGGCUAUCAAGAGCGCUGCUACCCUCGAUGAUCAUUUUCAACAAACCGGAAAGCUUGUAGGGCCCUUGCAUGGUCUCCCUAUCUCACUCAAGGAUAACUUCAACAUCAAAGGCAAAGACAGCACAGUAGGGUUUACGUCUCUGGUCAAUAAGCCUGCAGAGUACAACGCUACGCUUGUCGACAUAUUAGCAGAGCUAGGAGCAGUCAGAUACUGCAAAACCAACGUCCCAACAGCCAUGAUGAUUGCUGAAUCGGUCAACAACACAUUUGGUCGCACCGUCAACCCACUGAACCGGAGCCUCACUUCAGGCGGCUCGUCGGGCGGAGAAUCAGCCCUCAUCGCUUUUGGGGGUAGUCCAUUGGGUGUUGGCACCGACAUUGGAGGCAGCCUACGCAUCCCCGCUGCAUGCACUGGUAUCUUCACUCUACGCCCAAGCCACGGUCGAUUCACUACGCAACGGUGCCGUUCGGGGCUUGCAGGCCAGGAAGCGGUCAAGAGUGUGAAUGGGCCUAUGGCAAGGACGUUGGAAGACAUCACUAUGUACUCGAAAGCAGUCAUCGAUGCAAAGCCAUGGCUCGUCGAUCCGACAAUGCUGCCUAUGCCUUGGCAGAUGGUGGAGCAGAAGCAGAAGCUGAAGAUCGCUGUCAUGAGGAGUGAUGGGAUAUGCUUGCCUACUCCACCCGUCACGCGGGCUCUGGAAGAGACGGUCAAGAAGCUGAAGAGUGCUGGGCAUGAGCUGGUUGAUUGGGAUCCUCAGCAGCUUCACUCAAAGGCCCUGGAACUCCUGGGACGUAUGUUCGUAGCCGAUGGCGGUAAAAGUGUCGAAGCUCUUCUUGCACCCACAGGCGAGCCGUGGCGGACAGAGAUGAAGUCGUAUGAAGAUGCUACGGAGCUCGGUGUGUACGACCUGUGGCAGCUACAUCUAGAGCGUACCGAGCUACAGCGGCAGUAUCUCAAGCAAUGGAUGUCUUACGACGGCCUUGAUGCUAUCUUAUGCCCUACAACACCGUACGCUACCGUGAAGCAUGGGGAUUUCAAGUACGUUGGCUACACCGGUGUGUACAACGUUGUCGACUACUCUGCCGUUUCGUUUCCUAGUGGUGUGUUUGUCGACAAGGACGUUGACACGCCUAUCACGGACUACAAAGCGCUUAGCAGUUUCUGCCAGGCCACCCACGAUAGCUACGAUGCCGAGGUUGUGCACGGAAUGCCGGUCAGUCUACAGCUUGUUGCGAAGAGGCUCGAAGAGGAGAAGGUCCUUGCUAUGACAGCUACUGUGUUGCAAGCUCUUUGA